UUUCCAAACAAUUUGAUGUCCCAACAAUUUGACCUUCCCAGGAGUGGACGUCCCAGCAAAUUCAGCCCAAGUGUUCGGCUAACUGCAAGAGACUUAAACUUACAGGCAAAUAUGAAUUAUCAAAUCUACAUUCUCCUUCUGCCUGCGUUGUAUGACGUGUGCCUGUGUUGUUCAGCUGGAAAAGAGGCCAAUAAAGUUUGCUAUAAGGACUCGGUAACCAAAAUCCCAGAGACUUUGGACAGCAACAUCACUAGUAUAUCCUUUUUCAAAAGCAAAAUAUUCACCAUUCCGCCAAGAGCUUUUAUCAAUAUGUCUCACAUAGAGAAUCUGGAAUUCCUUUCUACUCCUACCACAACCAUCGAGGCAGGUGCAUUUGAAGGUUUACAUAACUUGAAGGCAAUUGAAUUUAUAAGUACGUCAAUAACAUCAAUUCCGAUCGGAGCUUUUCAGGAUCUGCCAAGCCUAGAGAAGCUUGUUUUAAAAGACAACAAAAUAAAAUUUUUGGAAAAAGGACUUUUCGAUGGUCUUGAAAAGCUGAAGGAACUGGGCCUGAACAGGAAUGAAAUUGUUUCAAUUGAUGAAGGAAUUUUCGAUGAGCUUGAUGGCCUACAAACACUUCAUUUGGGCAGGAAUACCAUCACUUCUGUCUCCAAAGAGAUGUUUGAAAAACUGAGUAAAUUAGAAAUCAUCAGACUCUAUGCCAAUCAGCUUAGCAUCAUUCCAGAUGAGAUCUUUAGUAAUCUAACAAACCUUAAAGAGAUUGCUUUACAGGGCAACAAAAUCAGUCAUGCUCACACCCACAAUGUCAACCACUGCAACUACGGCCACAACAAUGGGAACGAUGCAAUCGACAGCCACAGUUUUAACAACUACGCCUAG